AUGGACGAUAAAAUCCUCGCGGCUUCGGCUAAGCACCCCAUUGUACCCAACCAUGCGUACAAAUAUGGUACCGCUGGCUUCCGCAUGAAGGCCGACCUGCUCGACGGUGUUGCCUUCCGCGUCGGCUUGCUCUCUGGUCUGCGCAGUCGUCGCCUCAACGGCCAGGCGAUUGGUGUCAUGAUCACGGCUAGCCACAAUCCGGCUGUUGACAAUGGCGUCAAGAUUGUCGAUCCCAUGGGCGAGAUGCUCGAGCAGGAUUGGGAGGCCCACGCUACGAAGCUCGUCAACUGCGCCUCUGACCAGGAGCUUCUCGAUACCUACAGGUCGCUCGCCGCCCAGCUCAAGGUCGAUCUGUCCACGCCUGGCCGUGUCAUUUGCGGUCGCGACACACGACCUUCCGGUCACGGCCUCGCCGCAGCGCUGGCUGAUGCCUGCGAGGCCAUCGAUAUCGAGUAUACCGAUUACAAGCGUGUCACAACACCGCAGCUCCACUAUCUCGUCCGUUGCAUCAACACCGAGGGUACACCCAAGUCAUACGGCGAGGUCAGCAAAGCUGGCUACAACAAGAAGAUGUCCGAUGCGCUGGUUCGCGCGCUGGGAGGCCGCAAGAUUGAGGGCCAGCUGACAGUUGACUGCGCCAACGGUGUCGGUGGCCCUGAACUGUCAGAGCUUCUCAAGGUCAUUCCCAAGGACGUGAUCAACGUCAAGGUUGUGAACGAUGAUGUUCUGAGGCCAGAGGUCUUGAAUUUAGAUCCGACACCCGUCCCCGGAAACCGCAUUUGCUCCCUUGAUGGUGAUGCUGACCGCUUGAUUUACUACUGGAUCGACCCAGACACUGGUUUCUUCAUGCUUGAUGGAGAUCGCAUCUCGUCUCUGAACGCCUCCUUCAUUGGCGGGCUUGUCCGCGAGGCUGGUCUCGAGGACGAACUCCGCAUCGGCGUUGUCCAGACUGCGUACGCCAACGGCGCGAGCACAGCCUACAUUGAGAAGCACCUCAAGCUGCCCGUCGUCUUUACGCCCACUGGUGUCAAGCAUCUCCACCACGCCGCUUGUCAGUUUGACAUUGGCGUUUACUUUGAGGCCAAUGGGCAUGGCACAGUCGUCUUCUCCCAAGAGGCCAUCCGCCUGUUUACCGAGAAAGAGCCCCAGUCUCCCGCACAAAAGGAGGCUCUCGAGACUCUCGCAGCCAUUGCUGAUCUGAUCAACCAGACCGUUGGGGAUGCGAUCUCCGACAUGCUCAUGGUCGAGGUCAUUCUUGCCCACAAAGGCUGGACCCUGAAGGAUUGGGCCAAUACGUACAACGACCUGCCGAACCGACUCGUCCGUGUCGAGGUGGGAGACAAAGAUCUUUUCGAGACCACGGACGCCGAGCGCAGGUUGAGCGCUCCAACGGGCGCGCAGGAGGAAAUUGACAGCUUUGUCAAGAAGUACACCAAUGCCCGCUCUUUUGCGCGUGCCAGCGGCACUGAAAACGCCUGCCGUGUGUAUGCCGAGGCGGCGACACGCUCUGAGGCUGAUGAGCUGGCGAAGCACGUUGCUGAUGUGAUCAAGAAAACCGACAAGAUGAGCGGCGACAAGAUGGACGUCGAGGCUGCCGAGCAGAAGAUGAAGACUAUGGAGCACAGUGAGCAGCACUACUUCAAGAGCUAUGAUCACCAUGGCAUCCACGAGGAGAUGUUGAAAGAUGAAGUCCGCACACGGUCGUACAUGAAUGCCAUCGUUCAGAACAAGCACAUCUUUAAGGAUAAGGUCGUUCUCGACGUGGGCUGCGGUACCGCCAUCCUGUCCAUGUUUGCCGCUAAGGCUGGCGCGAAACAUGUCAUUGGUGUUGACAUGUCAACCAUCAUCUUCAAGGCUCGCGAGAUUGUUGAUGCCAAUGGUCUGUCCGACAAGAUCACCCUGAUCCAGGGCAAGAUGGAGGAGAUUGACAUGCCGUUCCCCAAGGUCGACAUUAUCAUCUCUGAGUGGAUGGGCUACUUCCUCCUCUACGAAUCCAUGCUGGACACCGUGCUGUACGCACGCGACACCUACCUGCAGAAGGACGGCCUCAUCUUCCCCGACAAGGCGACCAUCUUCUUUGCGGGCAUUGAGGACGGCGACUACAAGGACGAGAAGAUUGGCUUCUGGGACAAUGUGUACGGCUUCGACUACACCCCGCUCAAGGAUACCGCCCUCUCGGAACCCCUCGUCGACACCGUGGACGUCAAGACGGUUGUCACCGAUCCUAUCCCCGUCCUCACGCUGGACCUGUACACCUGCACCACGGCGGACCUCGCCUUCAACACGUCCUUCAAGCUCCCCGUGAAGCGCGACGACUUUGUGCAUGCCCUCGUCUCCUGGUUCGACAUUGACUUUACAGCCUGCCACAAGCCCAUCCGCUUCUCGACGGGCCCCCACACCAAGUACACCCACUGGAAACAGACUGUCCUGUACUUCCGGGAUGUCCUGACCGUGCAGGAUGGCGAGGUCAUUGAGUGCGACCUCGAGGUGAAGCCCAAUGAGAAGAACCGCCGCGACCUGGACAUUGCAGUGCAGUACAAGUUGGAGACGGGUGACGAGAAACGCAAUUCGUCGGGACAGUGCACGUACAGGAUGUGCUAG